AUUCACAGACCAAGGCAAGUUUACUCUCCAUCCACAGAACACAAAACUGAUGUUUCUCCUGGUUUGUGUCAUUAUUGAUCAUUUUAAAGACCCUUAGUCUGUGUACAAAUCACAUGUAACCAAUAACUGCCAAAUCAGAUCGAUCAGAAUUAUUCAUGGCUCUCAGCUGGAAAAUCGCCCAUCCCUUUAACAUCAAAGCAAGGGAGGAGAUCAAUAUCAUCCUCCCUCAGUGGACUCCAGGUUAGUGAUGUGUUCUAAACUGAACAGCAUGUAUGCUCAUCAGCAAAUAAACACCUGCAGUGCCUAUCAGCUUCCACGGUGAGGACACGUUUUUUUGGUUUCCACAGUGAUCCUGUGUUUACGCUAAAUUUGAUAAGCCGGUGUUUUCACCCAAAUUGGCAUACAUUUUUGAGAAGUAUGGUCAGAGAGGCCGUGGAGGAAUUACGUGUUAAGGGCCUUGCUCAGGGUUCCCACAGUGAGAUCAUCUCAUUUUCUUUGGGAUUUGAACCAACAACCUUCUGAUUACAAACAAUGCACCCCACACACUGCCCUGAUAUUAUACUCACCUGCUGUACUUCCCCCAGAUGCAUCUGCAGGUCAGUUUGGAUAUGAGCCUCAGUCAGAGUAAUAAGUUGAAACCCUUGGAGUCCUUUGACACUCGUGCCAAAAGGCUGCAGAGGACAGUUUGGAUGGGCAUGGGAACCGGGGCUUAUUGGUGAUUAAACAAAAGGUUCAGGGGUCACGAGUUAAAGUUUCUACGUGUUACUCAACGUUGUAUCAUGUUGUAUCACAUUCUCUGUGUGCCUCGCACAACUCCAGUUUCUACUGUAACCUCUAUCUCCCACAUGAAAAUUAUAUUUGCUGUUCCACUGUUUAAAAAUAAAUCAAAGAAGCUAUUCUUGGAGGUAAACAGUCAAGCCCACCUCAUAAAAACCUCCAGACUAAUGUUGACGUACUCUAUAAUUUUCAUUCAUGAAGACGGUGGUGAGGAUGCUGAGAGAUAUAAAUGAAAUUUAUCUAGAGCUCCUAAAGAUGUGCCCCCCACCUCCGAAAGCAAUGUCAUAGAAUACUUCAUUGUGAUAUUUCGAUCUGACUCGUUUAAUUUCCCCAUCAGAUAAGCUGCAUUGCCAUCUAUCACCCACGUAGUCCAAGCUAUAAUAAAUUCAUUGGAAUUUGUUUUGGUCCAGGAACUAAUUACUAAUCCGCUUUAAAUAGCCCGAAGAGCCAUGAGCCCUGGGCUCCGGAGGAGUGCACUGCGGAAGAGGAGAAGUGCUCGUAGCCGACCGGGGAGGAGCCAGAGCCUCACGAAUAACGGUACUGCAACCCUCCCUCGCCGAGACUCUCUCUCUCUCCUUCCCUCUCCCUCCCCCUAUCUCUCUCUCUCCUCCUCUCGUCCCUUCCGUCUCCCUCUCAGGUAAUUUACUUCCAGACAACGGGCGACUGGCUGCCGAUGCUGUCGGUGUAGUCGCUCCUCUCCUUAGGGCUGCCUCCUCUUCUCUGCGCACAGCGCCUGCGGAGCCGUCAAGACGCGCUCUUUGGAGAGCCAGCGCUGGAUCACCGUCCCCGACAAGACGGGGGACGUCACAGCUCAGCUGCUCCCCCAAGCCAUGGGAUUCCUCUUAAAAUCUUCGAUCUGACACCCCAUUACGCCUUUCCAUUUUUCCCCCAGUCGACAUCAUUGUCAGUUGAAUAUAACUUCUCUGUGUUGAUUUUCUUGCGCUCGAAACAUGGAGGUGAAGAUCUUGCAUGAUGUUAAUGCCCCCAGCUGAGCAGAAUGCACCGUCUGUGAGGCGUCGCUUCUCCCUCACUCUUACAGGGACCCGCGUCUCAAACGCAGAAGCGGGGAUCCGGUCAUCGCUCCACAUCUGAUCUUCAUUUUGCUCCUGGUUCGAAUUGGGAUCGGAUUAGUUCGGGCUGGAUGCCGACGGAGAGACGCCGUUUACAUAUCCGGAUGAGUUUGACGCGCACGGGGAUUUUCAACAGGGUUACCGGCGAUCCUCGCUGUUACAUCUGAAAGCGGCUGCAUUUAAGGAGAAAAAACACACACCACGGGCGAAACGGCAGCGGAGGAGACCCAGCGCUCUUUUUCGGACCCAUAUUCUCGGCUGCCAACCAUUCACGGGAUUUAAAACUAACGACCGUACGCAAGCACUGCAGUUUAUACUCCGAGAUUUAUAUAAAAAAACAGCGUCAAACUGCAGGAGACAUGAAAGUUUUCCCGGUAGUGUGGUUUCUGGUCGUAUCCUGGAGUCUGAGAUGGAGAUCCGCGCUGUCCGACUCCAUCAUACAUAUCGGGGCCAUUUUCGACGAGUCGGCCAAGAAGGACGAUGAGGUGUUCCGCAUGGCGGUGGCUGACCUGAACCUCAACAAUGAGAUCCUGGAGACGGAGAAGAUCACUAUCUCUGUGGAGUUCGUGGACGGGAACAACCCCUUCCAGGCAGUGCAGGAAGCCUGCGAGCUGAUGAACCGCGGCAUCCUGGCUCUGGUCAGCUCCAUCGGCUGCAUGUCAGCCGGCUCACUGCAGUCGCUAUCUGAUGCCAUGCACAUCCCGCACCUCUUCAUCCAGCGCAGCCCCGCCGGGACGCCGCGCUCCAGCUGCCCGCCCACCAGCCGCGGCCGCACCGACGACUACACGCUCUUCGUGCGGCCGCCCGUCUACCUCAACGAGGUCAUCCUGCAUGUGGUCACGGAGUACAGCUGGCAGAAGUUCAUCAUCUUCUAUGACACGGAUUACGACAUCCGAGGUAUUCAGGACUUCCUGGACAGGGCGUCCCAGCAGGGCAUGGACGUGGCGCUGCAGAAGGUGGAGUCCGACGUCAACGUGAUGAUCACCGGAAUGUUCCGCACCAUGCGGGUGGAGGAGCUGCACAGAUACCGAGACACGCUGCGGAGAGCCGUCCUCUUCAUGAGCCCGGCCACCGCCAAGGCCUUCAUCACCGAGGUUGUGGAGACUAACCUCGUGGCGUUUGACUGUCACUGGAUCAUCAUCAAUGAGGAGAUCUCCGACCUGGACCUGCAGGAGCUGGUGAUGAAGUCCAUCGGCCGGCUCACACUGGUCAGACAGACCUUCCCACAGCCGCAGAACACCAGCCAGCGCUGCGUGCGCAACAACCACCGCAUCAACACAUCACUGUGCGACCCCAAGGACCCCAAGGCGCAGACACUGGAGAUCACCAACCGCUACAUCUAUGACACGGUGCUGCUGCUGGCCAACACCUUCCACAAGAAGCUGGAAGACCGCAAGUGGCACAGCAUGGCGAGCCUCUCCUGCAUCCGCAAGAACUCCAAACCCUGGCAGGGGGGCCGCUCCAUGCUGGACACCGUCAAGAAGGCGGGGGUGAGCGGCCUGACCAGCCUGUUGGAGUUUAACGAGAACGGAACUAACCCCAACAUCCACUUUGAGAUCCUUGGCACCAACUAUGGAGAGGACCGAGGACGGGGUGUUCACAGGCUCGCCACCUGGGACCCGGUGCACGGCCUAAACGGCACGCUGACAGACCGGAAGCUGGAAAACAACAUGAGAGGCAUCGUGCUGCGAGUGGUGACCGUGUUGGAGGAACCCUUCGUGAUGGUGUCAGAGAACGUGCUGGGACAGCCCAAGAAGUACCAAGGCUUCUCCAUUGAUGUGCUGGAUGCCCUCUCCAAUUACCUAGGCUUCAAGUACGAGAUCUACGUGGCCCCUGACCAUAAAUACGGGAGUCUGCAGGCAGACGGGGUCUGGAAUGGCCUCAUUGGAGAGCUGGUAUUCAAGCGGGCAGACGUUGGCCUGUCUGCCCUGACCAUCACGCCGGAGCGUGAGAGCGUGGUGGACUUCACCACGCGCUACAUGGAUUACUCCGUAGGGGUGUUGCUGCGCAAGGCCGAGCGCACGGUGGACAUGUUCGCCUGCCUGGCGCCGUUCGACCUCUCGCUGUGGGCCUGCAUCGCCGGCACGGUCCUCCUGGUGGGCGUCCUUGUCUACCUGCUCAACUGGCUGAACCCACCGCGCCUGCCCAUGGGCUCCGUUUCCUCCACCACGCUUUACAACUCCAUGUGGUUCGUGUACGGCUCCUUUGUCCAGCAGGGUGGUGAGGUCCCCUACACCACACUGGCCACGCGCAUGAUGAUGGGCAUCUGGUGGCUCUUUGCCCUCAUCGUCAUCUCCUCCUACACCGCCAACCUGGCUGCCUUCCUCACCAUCACGCGCAUCGAGAACUCCAUCCAGUCUCUUCAGGACCUGUCCAAACAGACUGACCUGCCGUACGGCACGGUGCUGGACUCGGCCGUGUAUGACCAGGUGCGCAGCAAGGGCAUGAACCCCUUCGAGAGGGAUCCCAUGUACUCACAGAUGUGGCGCAUGAUCAACCACACUGGUGGCGCCGACAACAACGUGGAGGAGUCCAGGGAUGGAAUUCGCAAGGUGAAGUACGGCCACUUCGCCUUUGUGUGGGACGCCGCCGUGCUGGAGUACGUCGCCAUCAACGACGAGGACUGCUCGCUGUACACCGUGGGGAGCAGCAUCUCCGACCGUGGCUAUGGCAUCGCCAUGCAGCACGGCAGCCCCUACCGGGACAUCUUCUCCCAGAGGAUCCUGGAGCUGCAGCAGAACGGCGACAUGGACGUCCUGAAGCUGAAGUGGUGGCCGCGGGAUAGCUCGUGCGACAUGUACUCAUCAGUGCAGACACGGCAGCGCGGCAGCGCCCUGGACAUCCACAGCUUCGCCGGCGUCUUCUGCGUGCUGGCGGCAGGCGUGGUGCUCUCCUGCCUCAUCGCCAUGGUGGAGACCUGGUGGAAUCGGAGAAAGGGCUCGCGGGUGCCCUCCAAGGAGGAUGACAAGGAGAUCGACUUGGAGCACCUGCACCGCCGCGUGAACAGCCUGUGCACGGAGGACGACAGCCCACACAAGCAGUUCUCGGCGUCCUCCAUCGACCUGACCCCACUGGACUUGGACUCCAUGCCGACGGCGCGCCAGGGCCUGGAGCAGAUCAGCGACUUCCGCAACACUCACAUCACCACCACCACCUUCAUCCCGGAGCAGAUCCAGACACUGAGUCGGAGCCUGUCCGCCAAGGCAGCGGCCGGCUUUGCCUUUGGGGCCGCACCCGAUCACCGGACUGGUGGGGGCCCCUUCCGGCAGCGGGCCCCCAACGGCGGCUUCUUCCGCAGCCCCAUCAAGACAAUGUCCUCCAUCCCCUACCAGCCCACUCCCGCGCCGAACUUCGGCUACGGCAACGACCCCGACCGAGGCACGUCCAUAUGAGCAGAGGGCGGUCCGCUGUGCCGACGGUCAGACAGCGGCGACGCGUGUACAUAGAAACCCUCCUCACCUGCCCCUCUACCCGCUUUGCGUUUCCAUUCCGCCCCGCUGCCAGGGGGCGCCCUUAUCCUUUUGCUAAAUUGUCACUGUCGUUGUGGAGACUUUUUCUAUGUGGAGGGACAAAGUAACCCUCUCCUUCUUUUUGUCACACCGUUCGGAAACUGCUUUUGAGACGAGGAGCAGGUGGAUCAGAACGGACGGCCCGCGGACGUAACCGUGGUGACGGGGACAGAGUGCCCCCCCUCAGCUGCAAUAAGCCCAGCACUAGCUGGAUGAUCUCAUCACUCUCAGUCCUUCUCCUUGUCAGAACCUUCAUUCUUACACAGUGUUCCAGUGUUGCCUAGCAACACCCCCCCCCCCCCCCCCCCCCCCCAGCUGGGCUGGAUCCGAUAGUGCACGAGCGCAAUCCGGCACCACAGCUCGGCCCGAUAGCAGGAAGAUGUCAGGAGUACGGUUUGGGCCAAGACCGCACGGUCAGUACAAGGAGGCCGUGAGAUGGACAGACCGACUGCACUGUACCAGUGCCCUCUGACCCGGAUGUGAUUGUGGUGUAAUUUUUCUGAACAGAGCUGGCUGUUUGAAGAGGAAAGCUUCAAAGAGAGGAGAGAAAAUAAGAAAAUAUAGAAAUAAACUGCCAGAAAAAAAGAACUGGUACUGCACUCAAGACUGCUGUGUGUCUUUAAUUACAUUCGUUUUAAAUUUAACAAGUAUUAAUGCGUGGAAUGUGUUUGGUCAGAAAGAUUAAAAAACAUUGUGCUGAAUUGUCUACUCGUUUAUCUCUUUUUGAAAUGGAAAAAGAAGAGUUUAUCCUGUCAUUCUCAUCCGAUCACCAUCUGCCAUGACAGUUUUAUUUACCUGUUUAUUUGUAGUUAUAGCAGUGUCCGGGCCAUCACAUGUCAUUUGCAGGUAUAUUUGCACCAACAGACCAUACUGUGGCAGUUAAAUGAUGAGGCGGGGCUGAGAAUCUGGAUGGACCAAUCAAACAGAACCUCAGCAAGUGAUUGGCAGGAAGCUUGUCCCAUCACGCUUUGGUCAUCUCGCACUGAGCCUGCCCGCAACUUUAGAGUCAAACAUGUCAUUUGAAACAGGGAGGUGACAGCAAUCUUUUAGGAACUCGUUUUGAAAUGUCUUUGAGUUUAAUUUCAUUAAUGUUUAGGGUAACGUUUAUUUAACUUUUUUAAAGUGCCAGUUGUUUAAACAAGGCCAUUAAGAUGAAGCUAAAAAAGACAAAAACACAUUUUGAGGAAAAAAAAUAAACCAAACCUUUUCACUAACACUGUAUUAAUAUUUAAUAAUGUUAGUUGUUUAGAAUGAGCUUUCAGUUUGUUAUCUUAAGACUAAAUCUCCAAUGUUGUGCGUAGAGAACAGCAACAGUGUUUGAUGCAAGCCUUGUAGAUGUUUAUUUCUUAAGCUAUGGCUAUCGAAUGACAAUAGGACACAGGCAACAUUUUAAAUUUAUUUAGUAUAAAGGAAGAAGCAUUAUUACAAUGUGUAUUUUACAUGUCGAUGCUAAUUUUGUUCUGAGUUUUUAAAGGAGCUCAUAGAAGCCUAGCAUUGAUUUAGCUGUCAUCUGACAUCACCGUCAGUCUCCCCCCCGCC